AAGCUUUGUGUGUUGGGGGUUAUCAAAACUUGUUCCCAAAAAUUUAUAAACAAGAAAAACCGAGUUUUCCAAACUUCAGCCUGCCAGGUGUAUAUAUGCAAACGACGCACGACCAGAUCGCCAGUUAUACGGUUGAGUCGCUGUGGUUCACUUUUAACGAGUUUGGCUCUGAAAAUGUGGAACCAACACCGCCAGCGCUGCCUCCUCUGGAUCUGCCUGCUAUGUGUGCUCUCUUUCGGGUUGGUUAAUGCUUUUAAUGGCCAUGCUAAUGCCGAAGGUCAGCCAGCAGACGUCUUGGUCACAUUGCCAGGCCAACUGAAGUUCGUGCAUGUGAUAUAUCGCCACGGCGACAGAACGCCCGUGGAUCCAUAUCCCACGGAUCCCUGGGGCGACAGGAAGUUCUGGUCCACCGGCUGGGGUCAGUUGACCAAUCUGGGCAAGCAGGAGCACUACGACCUUGGCAAAUGGCUGAGGAAUCGCUACUCUACUCUCCUGCCCUCUCUCUACUCCAACGAGGACAUCUUUGUCCAGUCCACCGAUGUGGAUCGCACCCUCAUGAGUGCCCAGUCCAAUUUGGCUGGUCUCUACGAGCCACAAGGUGAGGAUAUCUGGAACACGGACAUCAAAUGGCAACCCAUACCCAUUCACACGGUGCCCGAGAAGGAGGAUCCUAUACUCGCGGCCAAGGCUCCCUGCCCCGCCUACGAUUACGAGCUGGCCUCGCUGGAAUCCUCGCCAGAGUUCAGGGCCAUGACCGAAAAACACCAUGAUCUGUUUGCGUACCUAAGCGAAAAGGGCGGUCGCUCUGUCAAGACCUUCGUGGAUGCCCAGUAUUUGAAUAAUACCCUGUUUAUUGAGAAUUUAUACAACAUGACACUGCCGAAAUGGACCGAAAAGGUUUAUGGAAAGGAGGAGCUCACGUAUAUAGCCAAUUUUGCCUUUGCCAUUAGCUCUUAUACGCGAAAACUGGCCAGAUUGAAGGCGGGUCCCUUGCUGAAGGACAUCUUCCAGCGUUUCAAAGAGAAAUCCACCGGUCGCCUAGAUCCAGAUCGUUCCAUGUGGGUCUAUAGUGCCCACGAUACCACCGUAGCCAGUGUUUUGAAUGCUCUUAAAUUGUUUGAGCUGCACAGUCCUCCCUACACGGCGUGCAUCAUGCUGGAGAUGCGUCUGGAUGAGAGCAACACGCCGCUGGUGUCCAUUUUCUACAAGAACACCACCGCUGAACCGCUGCCUCUGGACAUACCAGGCUGUGGACCUUCGUGUCCGCUAACGAAACUCGUUAGCCUUUAUCAGGACGUGCUGCCCGUGGAUUGGGAGCGUGAGUGCAAGCGCUCCACAAUGAUGAUGACUUAUGAGGAGGCCAAUUUGGGCGCGGCGACGGGCAUACUCAUUUUAAUCGUCAUCGCUCUGCUUUUCGCCAGCUAUGGCCUCAUGAUCUACUACCGACGUCGCAACUACAAGCUGUAUACCUCGUACUCUCAAAUGGCCUAGCUGGAUAACUACUUAAAUCUAAACAUGGAGCCUUCCUUCCGCUCUCCAAUUGCCAAAGUGAUUUGUUUUUUUCUUCGUAUUGCCCCAUGUUGCUCAAUCGACAGUUGUUGCUGUUAAUAAUCGUGGUUACUACUUAGUUAAAAGCCUGCAUUUCACACAAAGUCUGUUUGUAUUGAUUAGUUUUUGGUUUAAGUUGAAGUUUUGUGCAUUUGAAAAAACAGCAUUUAAAGUGGAAUGAUAACUGGUUUUGUUGUUGUUAUUCAGUGAAAAGAUUUGGAAUACAAAGACUGUGAAUAGCGAUCUUGAAGUUGCAUACAUAUAUACAUAGCAUAUUUAUACACAUGUACAUUUUUAUGAAAUUAUCUUGUAUGAUAAAUUUAUUGUAUUAAAAACGCUCAAAUC